CACAGCAGCUCGUGCCUGACAGCUAGCACAGGCAGCCAACGUCUGAACCAAGCUAGCUGUCCGACUUUUACACGGCCUCUCUAUCAUGGACCUUAACGGCAUCUUAUCCCAGCUUGAAACUGCAAACGAUGAGGACACAGAGACGCUUUUACAGCGAUACAGCCAAGAGAACACUCAGACCUUCACGUUUGACCAAAAAGAAGAAGCCCUGCGGAGGAAACUCUGUCAGAGUGUUUUGGCCGUUCUUGGGAGACAGGUGCGGCCCAGCUGUCAGAGGACGUGUCUGGAAACACUUCGCAUCCUUUCCAGAGACAAACGGGUCCUCGGACCUGUAGCCACUGUGGAUGGCAUGCUGGUUCUGACUCGGAUGGCGACGCUGCGUGCCCAACAGGAUGAAGAGAAUAAACAGGAAGCCGCUCAGGACAGUUUACAGUCUGAAGAAGAGAAGAGGGUGGUGGUGGAGGCUUUAAAGUGCCUAUGCAAUGUUGUGUACAACAGUUCUGCAGCUCAGCAGGUUUGUGUAGACAUCCAGCUUGCACACAGCCUUUGUGCCAGCCUGCACUCCGCCCACAUGUGGCAACACGAGGUGGGCCUGUUCAUCCUGCGCCUCUUCUUCCUGCUGUCUGCCCUGCGGCCUGAUGUGAGAGCAGUACUGAGGAAAGACUGUCACGCUGUGAGACUGUUGACAGAGGUCCUGGAGCACACGCUGGACGUGCACUGGGUCGGUACCUACGAAGCUGCUCGACCAGAACCGCAGGCUCUGCCACUGCCUGCAGAGAGCAACGAACGAGCGAUGGAAGCCCUUAAAGCCUUGUUCAACCUCACGCUCUCAGAAAGUCGGAAUGAGGAGGAUGACCACCAGUUCCGACUCCUAGCUGCAAUCCUGCGUCACCUUUUGAUGCUGAAAACUGAGACGGAGGAGAAAACAGAAGAAGCACACAGCCACGCUGUCAACCUGCUCAACAACCUGCCUGUUUCCUGCCUGGAUGUGUUGAUUGACGUGCCCAUCCAGGGGGGCGUGGAGGAAUAUGGCGGCAAAAACAUGGAAGCAGUUCAAGUAUUGCUGGAUUUCAUGGAGAGGAGAAUUGAUAAGUGCUCCAACUACAAAGAGGGUUUGACUCCGGUGCUCAGCCUGUUAACCGAAGGAUCCAGAUGCCACAGAGAGAUUCGCAGAUAUAUCAAAACUCAGGUACUUCCUCCACUGAAGGAUGUGAAGAACAGACCAGAGGUGGGAACCACCAUCAGAAACAAGCUGGUUCGCCUCAUGACGCAUGUGGACAUGGGUGUAAAGCAGACUGCUGCAGAGUUCCUGUUCGUCCUCUGCAAAGAGAGUGUGGACAAUCUUUUGAAGUACACGGGAUACGGAAACGCAGCAGGACUCCUGGUGGCUCGAGGGCUACUGGCAGGUGGGAGAGGAGAGACGCAGUACUCUGACGAUGAAGACUCUGACACAGAUGAAUACAAAUCUGCCAAACCUUUCAUUAACCCCAUCACUGGUCAUGUGGAGGAGCCGAUGCCAAACCCCAUUGAAGAGAUGACGGAGGAGCAGAAGGAGUAUGAAGCUGAGAAACUGGCCAGCAUGUUUGACAAGCUGUCAAGGCAGAACGUGAUCCGGCCCAUGGGCGUCAGGCCAGACGGGACUUUGGCACCUCUUGAAGAAACGCUCGUUUGUCCACCUGAAGAAAACUCCGAUACAGACUCUGAUUAGGCCAGAGUUUUCAGAUCUUCUUAACUGUGACACGCUGCACUUAAACAUUUUCUUUACAUCUACCCGACUGUCAAUCCUA